AUGAAGUAUAAUGGCGGCGAUUUGAAAGUGAAAUGGAAUCAUCAUGGCCACAAAUAUAAAUUUGUUCUUACACAGCAAGAGUUGGCUCAAGACGAUGCCUUUGAAAUUUUGUUGCAAAAAAUUCGUCGACAGCUACCAGAUUUCAAUGAUGUAUUAGCAAGUUGUGAUAAACAUGGUAGUGAGAGUAUUGUGGCCACAGACAAUGAAUUUCGACAACUUGCACGUCUUAGUAAAGGACAUUUAAAACUGUAUACAGUACGACGAUGUUUGUACACACAUCCACUUCGAUCACAUUCCAUUCCACUUGAUAUUGCUCGAUUAAAACGAUUAUCUUUACGAUCGACAAGCUGCUUACGAGGACCACCACCAUCGUAUCGGGAAAGUCAAAAAGAUGCAAUGCUACAAACUCAUAAUUUUUACCAUACUUUACCUCAUUGGGGAAUUGCUCCAUUUCCCCAUAUGCCAUCGCUUAGCUUCGGUUAUGCUUGCGCUCAUUAUGCUACUGCCAUUAAUACAAGUACCAGCAGUGGACGUUAUGGACAAUCAUUAAUUUAUGGUUAUCCACCUCAAUCAUCCAUGAUGCAUAGCUUUUUAUGUUCACCGUUUCCAUUUGAUGGACAUCAUCGAAGUUGGAUUUGUGGAUCAAAAUGUUUCGCUUUAAGUUUAGGCGGUAAAAACAAUCGUCCAAAAUAUACCUCAUGGUGGAAUACAAUCUUCUAA